AUGGCCAAAGUUCAGUAUUACAGUCUGGUGGCUUAUGUAGAAUCCAAUCCACCCUUGGUCUAUUUUCAAUCCAAUUUAAUUGGGGAUGAUGUCAGAUUCGAAAAUGGAAUCUUCAAUGGUCAAAAAAUUUAUCUUGCAGUUUCAUUGUUAGUUCAGUUCAUCAGAAGCAAUUACUACAUUGAUGAGAAAUCAAAGUUAGAGGAUUGCAAAAAGAGUUGCUUGAAACAUUGUUCAUGCAAAGCCGCUUUGUUUGCACAUGACUGGGACUAUUCAAAAAAAGGUUGUUUAUUGCUAUCUGAAGUCUAUUCUCUUAUAAAUAAGGAGGGAGGGGAUGAUAAAGUCAUCAUAUUUCUUAAACUGCAAAAAUCUCCAAUUCCUUCACCAACAAAUUCUCCUCCAAAGAAAUCAACAAACAUUAGAGUCAUAUUGGGAUCUGGUCUUGGAACUUUCUUUGGUGUAUGUUUUAUGGUUGCCGCUUGCAUUUUCAUUUUCAAAAACAAAGGAGAAUCCGAGGUACCUGAUGAGUUCUUUAUCGACCAAGUACCAGGGUUGCAUCCUAGAUUCUCUUACGAAGAAUUGAAAGCCAUGACAAACAAUUUUGAUAAUAAGCUCGGGGAACGAGGAUUUGGUUUAGUGUUUCAAGGGAUAUUAAGAAAUGGCACCAAAGUAGUUGUGAAGCGUCUUAAUGGUUUUGGUCAAGUUAAAAAGUCAUUCUUAGUUGAAGUCGAGACAGUAGGAAACAUUCACCAUUUCAAUUUGGUGAGAUUACUUGGAUUUUGUGUUGAAAAAUCAUAUCGGCUUCUAGUUUAUGAGUACAUGUCCAAUGGAUCCUUGGAUACAUAG